AUGCCAGUGAAUCGUCACGAUCUGUCACGAUCUCGUGUAUUUUAUGAAGCAAAACAAUAUUUAAAUGAAGGAUUUGCCACAGAAGAAGAACUUUGUAAUUUUGUGUUGGCAGCUCUCAAAAGAAUUCUCAAGUCUCUGUUUCUUUCCGAGGAGAUUGAAAAUGUUGUCGAGUGUCUGGUUUUAUCGCUUUUCAGAAGUCAAAGCAGGGAUGAAGAAAUUGGGAAAAAUAUCAAAACAAAUUUGAAAUAUGUUGUUAACUCUUUCAAAAAUUCAGAUCUUGAAACUGUUCUCAGAGAACAUGACCCAGAAUUCAAGGAUUUUCAUCGAAAACUUUCAAGUUCCAUCACUAAUUUCAUCGCCUACUUUACACUUCACACAAUCAGACAACACUGCUUCGCCACCUUCGGAGUUGAAGGUGAUUUGAAAAUCUAUCAGCGUCAAAUGUAUGAAAAAGCCCGGGAAGAUUCGAGAAAGAAAACGGUUGAAUGCAAAACUACAAUAAAGUCUGAAUCCUCUCGCCAACAGUCAGCAAGCAAACCAGAGCCAGUGAGAAGAGAGAACAAACAGGUUGGUACAUCGAUCAAGCAGGAAAAGAAGGAUUCCUCUGAUGACGACUUUUGUGAAAUCAUAGAACCGAUGCCAGCCAAAAAAAUGAGGCUUACCUCGACGUCUGAAACCAAGUCAGAAGAAGUUGUCAAAGUCACUGACAAACCUCCAGUCGAAUUCCCAGAAAAGCAGAUGCUGGAUAAAUUGGAGGCAGACGAAGCAGUUGGCUGUCCGAUUUUCAAAACGUUGUUCAGAACGACUGUCGAAAACAACAACAUUACUCGACAUCAUAUCCGAGAUAUGACAGAAAAUGUCAAAAUUCUGAUAAACGACAAAAGAAAUCUGAAGAUGGACUGA